AUGAAAUCCAUGACAACUUCAAGGAGAGAUUUUGGGCUUCACAAAGCGUUACCAGUGAAGGGCCCCCAGCCCAAGCAGUUUGUCCCGAGUGGAGAGAACAUGGAUUUGCUCACAACAUAUAAACAAGAUUACAACCCCUAUCCUGUGUGUCGAGUGGACCCCAUCAAGCCUCCGGACGGCAAAUAUCCGUGUGGUGAUAAGAUGGAGUGUCUGCCUACAUAUAAAGCUGAUUUUUUACCCUGGAACCAACCAAGACGAGAGCCACUUCGUCCACCACACCACUACCGGCCAGCAUCAACCAAGUUUGAUAAUAGAACCACACACCAGGAUGACUACUACGUAAAGGGCCUCGUGAACACCAUGAGCUGCAAGCCUCCACCCAUGCCCAAGCUCUGCAACAUCCCGCUGGAGGAUCUAACCAACUACAAGAUGAGCUACGUGGCUCACCCUGUGGAGAAGCGCUUUGUGCACGAGGCUGAGAAGUUCAGGCCAUGUGAAGUCCCCUUUGAAAGCCAAACCACCCACAAAGAGUCCUUCCGGGGCCUGAUGGGGGAACCUGCUAAGAGCCUGAAACCUUCAGCCAAGCCUUGUGCAUUAGAUAAACCUUUCUCCAACACCACUGAGUUUAGAGAUAAGUACCAAGCGUGGCCAACGCCCCAUGUGUUAUCCAAAGCUCUGGCCACCUAUGCUCCUCCUGAGGAGAAGAUGGACCUUCUGACAACGGUGCGGGCCCAUUACACGUACCCUCGGGGCAGCCCAGCUCAGUCCUGCCGACCGGUGCUCCAGGUCAAGAAGGGGGGCCACUUUGAGGGUUCCACCACCACCAAGGACGACUACAAGCAGUGGGCCCACACACGCACGGAGCCAGUGAAGCCCACUCCCCAGCUAAGCCUCCCCACACAGCCCUUGGACUACCUGACUACCACGCGGGCCCACUACGUACCCCACCCUCCCAUCAGUACCAAAAGCUGUAAGCCCCCCUGGGAUGGUCCCCGAGGAAAUACCCCUGUGGAGGGCCAGACCACCUACACCAUCAGUUUUACUCCCAAGGAAAUUGGCAGGUGCCUGGCUUCAUACCCUGAGCCCCCUGGUUACAUCUUUGAGGAGACAGAUGCUUUUGGGCACAGGAUAUACAGGCCAAGUUCCCCCACAGGCUCUCCGAGGAACAGCCGUCUUUCUGUAGGUGAUUUGGAAAACCCGAACCAGAGGGAGUUGGCAGCAUCGGCUUGA